AGUACACAGAUUUCAAAACCUCUUAACUCCGGAACUAUUCUAGUGUUAUAUCCACAUCCCAUAACAGGAUUUGCUCGUGGAAGCAUAGACUACACAAGCUAAUCGCGAUGGGUGAUCGACAGGAACGGUAAACCACACGAAAAGGCAGACCCCCUAGUUCUACAUCGGCUACGUCAAAUCCUGGAACCGACGCGCACGGAGGAAGAACACGAGUCAGAGCUUCUCGAAGACCGCGAUACGACAUGGUUUGGCUUUGGUCGCGAUGCCUCCGGUCACCCCCUAUUCCGUGACUUCGGGCGGUUCGCCGCGAUUAUGAGCGAAACCGUUACCGACGAGACUAGCGAACGAUAUCCCCAAUUAGCGACAUUCAUUGGAGAAACUGGCGUCGGGAAGAGCACCCUGAUAAAACUCCUUAUUGAUCGUCAUGACCUAACGGCCCCUGAGGGUGCUAGCUACUAUGCGCCUGUGACAUCCUCUAGCCAUGAUCGCAUUUCUACCACAGGCGAUGUCCACCUCUAUGCGGACCCUUCAACUUUAUACGGUAGUCAUCCAUUGCUUUUAGUUGAUUGCGAAGGCCUGAGUGGAGGAGAGGCCAUCCCGAAGCAGCUUCGCCAUAAUCCGCAGGGUUCAAGCAGAAAUGAUACGGACGAUGUCGGCACCAGCAGGCCUUGCUUAACUAGAAAGAUCGCAUGGGCAGACACACCCUACACCCAGAGACGAGAGUAUGCCGUCAGUCAGCUAUAUCCUCGCAUCCUCUAUACUUUUUCCGAUGUCGUGGUAUUCGUCUUGCGAAAUCCCAGGUCAUUCGAAUCAGUCGUCCUCGAUAAGUUGAUACGAUGGGGCGCAGCUUCAAUCGAUAAGUCGCUCAACCAACCUGUACUUCCUCACGCGAUUAUCGUCUUUAACGCCACCGAUAUCAACGUUGACGAGAAGGAAUGGGAUGUCACCAAGGCUACCCAGAUGCUAAUGACAGAGAUACAGGAUGCUAUUUCACGUGAACCGGCUUUGCAAGAACAUGUACACACAUGGAAAAGACGCGGAAAAACUAUAAAGAGCACCAAGGAACUUCUCGAGUGUUAUUAUGCUUCCAUAAGCGUUGUGCGGAUCCCGUAUAAGGGUUCAUACAUGUUGAUGAAUGAACAAGUUGGCAAGCUUUGUGACCUGCUUAGAUACCAAUGCAAGGCUUCAUAUCUUAGGAAGAGGCAAGUUCGUAUGCUAGCCAAUACAGAGAAGCUCCAAUUCUACCUCCAAGCAGCAUACGAUCAUUUUACCAAGGACCUCAAUACACCAUUCGAUUUCGUCAAGGAAACACUUCGACAUAGUCCCAUCUCCCGAAACUUCGAGGGUAAUAUACUGAACCUGGCGCUGGCAAUCAAAGAAAAGUCAUGCGAUCCAUUUCUCAGCAGUGACGUAGAGCAGAUCUUCCGAGCUAUGGGACCGAUGAUAGCUUCAUGCGUUAUGCUUGAUGCCGUACGCCAAAACUUACCUGGUAGCGCAGCCCGUCUUCUAGAUGACCGAUACGCCAAGCCUUGCGCUGGCGCAUUGCAGACGUUCGCCGAUCUGUAUUGUCCAUGUAGUUUUACGAACCCGUCGUACGAUGGAGACCUCGGCCAAUGCUGCAACGUCAGGUCAGGCCACAACCCUAAGGGACAUCAGAACAAGCAGGGAAAAAUCAUCGGCAACGGAGACUACGAGUCCCAUUUCAAUGUUUCGGCUUUCCGACCUGUCUGGGAGCAGUUACUGAAAGCAAGCCUAGCUCAAGUCCAGUCUUCCUGCUACAAGCUCGGGCAGGACUUCUUAGAUAGGAACGAGCUCCAAAUUGCUGCUAUUAUCCACCAAGAGCGUCUCAACGAGCUGUAUUCCAAUGUACUAGGCGCAGCGACCGAAUUCAUCAGCUACUCCGCGUGUCUCUGCUGCCUAAGAGAAUUACCUGAGUGUGCUCUGCCAUGUGGACAUGUUCUCUGUUUCCCCUGUAUUCAAAUUUACGGAACCAGGACAUCAAGAACCACAAUUGAGAUUAGCCAUUGCCCCUUACAUGUUCGCGACGUUAUUGCAAACCCUCCGUGGAUUAUAUCUACCAAACCGCGUUAUGCUGGUAGUCGAGUUCUGUGUCUCGAUGGCGGUGGCAUCCGAGGUAUUAUACAGCUUCAAGUUCUGGCAGAGAUAGAGAAGAUACUGGGUCCUGAUUUACCCAUCCAACUAUUUUUUGAUCUGGUCGUUGGCACUAAUGCGGGCGGUAUCAUCGCCAUUGCCUUGGGAGUUAAGAAAUGGUCCGUCAACGCGACAAUGGAGAAGUUCAAAGAUAUGUGCAGUGAGGGUUUCACUCCCAGAGAGAUGACUAGUGUACCAAUAUUUGGUGCAUUGUCCAGUCUCUAUCAUGGCAGUCUGUAUAAGACCAAGCCUUUCGCGAAAGCUCUAAAGAGAUAUCUGUCAGAUCAACCCUUUUUUGGGAGCGCGACCCAUCGAUCCCAUGUAGUUUCCUCGAUGAAGGUCGCUGUUACAGCUUCAACGGGUAUUGAACGACAGCCUGUCAUCUUUGCGAACUAUAAUCGGCUGGAUCUUCCUGGAAAGAAACUCCCCUAUAAGUUCGUGCGAUCAGAUUCGCCAUCGAAAGAAAUGCUUAUCUGGGAAGCCGCCCGAGCAACAUCAGCCACGCCCCCUUUCUUCAAGUCCUACCUCAAAGCCGAAACUAACCAGGAGUACGCCAACAAUGACUUACGUUAUUCAUGUCCAACAGUGGUUGCUCAUUAUGAGGCUAAAUCAAUAUGGAACGACAUAGCCGACUCCCCUCCUGACUUGAUGCUCUCUAUUGGCGCAGGUAGAAAUGUGGGAGACCGCCAUAUAGACGACUCAAGUGCAUAUAGGUCCUCGCGAUCUCUGACUAACGAGACAGUAACCACCACCGGUCUUGGGGGCACCAGCGCCGUAAUUAGGCAAGGUCGGGGCGGAGCUGGCAACUACUCCAAGCGUCAGACUACGCCAACCUCUCCGUCGUCGGACGGCGCAAGCCUAUGGAAGGCGGCGACCACCAGCGGAUACGUCGUCCGCGAUCCCAAAACACCCAUGCUAGUGUCUUUUAACAAUCCUGUCCCUAGUCAGACGGAAAAGCUGAACGAUCAACGACAAUGCGAGAUAACAUGGAACCGCUUCAUGUCCAGCAGCUUGAUGAAGGACGAGGAGACUCGUCGACGGUAUAUGCGGAUCUGUCCCGAACUUCUUACCAAGCUGCCCAAGUUUGAUGAGGUGCAGAAGAUGGAGUCCGUGGAGAGGGAGACCGCAGAGGUAUUGCGACAGAAUCGACAGGAGAUCAUCGAAGCCGCGCAUCGGCUAGUUGCCAGCACUUUCUUCUUCGAGAAGGACGGGAGUGGUGUAAAGCAGACGACUUCUGGGUAUACUUGCACAGGAUCUGUCUUCUGCAGAUUCCGGCUGUCCUCUUCGGAGCUCAAGGCUCUAGGUUGGUUUCUCAUCUCGCGACUAGAUGGAGACUUCGAGCCGUAUUUCCUGCUCGAAGUACGGGAAGAGGCAGGCGCACCGUGGCCGCCGCGGCAGAUUAUCCUUACGAAUUCAGUAUUGGAAGAUAUGCAUCUGCAAGGGAAUUUCGAUCUGAAUCCCGUCAGGAUCAACUCCACGACGGAAAACGCACAGGUCACCAUAUCGCUUUGCUUGCAGACUCGUCCUUAUCCAAGCGGCGUCACGGUCCUACCUAUCAGCGGCUUUCCGCGGAAACUCAUGAGUGAGGAUAACGGUGGGCUACUCUAUCAAGGAGGUUCAUCGUCCUCCAGAACACGCUCAUCCAUCAUCGAGAAACGGUCAUCGGUCACGACUAACGCCCUAAGAGCAAACGAGGGAGAUUCACUCCCGAGCCCUGCGCCCAGUAUCGACUCAUUUGCGAAGUUGGAGCUUGAUGGAGACUCGAAAUUCCGUGCAGAAUUAGAAGGAUGAGAUGCUUAACUUCUAAUUCCUAAUGUAAUAAGGGUAUAUAUUUACAUUAAUGGAAUGAAGGUCAUGUAACUUUAGUAGUGCCUGGAAGGGUUCAUAUGGUGGAUUGACUUUCUAAUCGUCGCGGACAUUAUAAGAGCGAAGCCAGUAUUGAUAUCAUAAAAAUAAAGUGUGUUAUGUAAAUGCUUACAAAGGUGUGUACCAGGGAUUCAUUUUGAAAAUUUGAAGAUAAUUAGGCCUCGCUUAGGAAAGAAGUCUAUCGUAGACGCGAGAAUCUACCCUCGUAGCUGGCUUUGAAGCUUGGGGAAUAAUUCAUCCCUCGCAUGUAAGCCCAGCCCUACAAUAAUCCUUGGC